AUGAUCCUGCUGCCUGGUCUGUUGUUUAUUCUCUGGGGAGAACCGGGUCGGUGUCGGGGGGAGGAUGGAGGCUUCACUUUUGAUGGAGAUAUCCGUCACUUCGCCGUGGCCUCCAACUCGGUUUACAUCGCUACAGAGGAGAGGCUGUAUCAGCUGAGCCACAACCUGACUCUGGUCCGGAGUCUGACCCAGAGAGGAUUCAUGAAGGACGGUGCCAUCCCGCCGGUUGAGGAGCAUUUCUACCGUGUUUCUGAGAUGGCGUGGUGGAACGCAACUUUCAGCGUCAACGUGUUAUUGCCAUUUGUUGAGAACGGCACUCUGAUCAGCUGCGGGGUGACCGACGAUGAGUGUGGUUACUGUGAAGUUCUGGACCUGAUGAACAUCUCUAACUUUGUGCACAGGGAGAGCAUCUAUGUGGGACCACUGAGGCGCAGCAGCGCGUCCGUCUCAGUCUUGGUGACAGUGGAGAAGAGUCCAACCCAGAGCCACUUUUACAUUCUGACCGCGAUACAGCAAAAACAUCAAGAACAUUCCGGUCCGAGCCGCUGCCCCCCUAGUACCAAAACUCUCAACCUUCAGAAUACGGAUGAGAAGCAGCCCGGAGGUAUAUUUUCUUUUAAUGAUGACCAACCCCUAUCUUCUUUCGAAAGUAAAGGCGAUGUGGAGUUUGUGGACGGAUUUCAGAUCAGUUCAACCAUAUAUCUGCUCUCCAACGUGCCCUCCGGCUCCAAAAGUAACAAAGUCCAUCUAAUUUGGUUUGAGGGCAAAACCAACAAGGUCGAGACUGUCAAGUCGCUGCGGGGCGCGACUCUCAGUGUCUCUGAAGGUGGUGGUGACGGUAACAGACUCCUGGCCUCCUCGGUGAUCCCGGGCGGUCCGCCGGUGCUCUGGAGCGGAGUGUUCAGUGUGGGUGAAGGACAGCUGAACACCGAGCUGGUAGUGUUUGACAUCAGCCCUGAUCUCAGCGGAGAGGCCGAUGCAGAUCCAGACUUCUGUAGUGAUUGUACUCCCAAGCAAACGGUUAAAAAGACACUGAAGCCGGAGGCAGUGCUCUUCAGGCAGAACCACAUGACCUCUGUGCUGGCAGUGAGGCAGAAGGCCUGGAUUGUUUUCUUCAUCAGGACGGACGUUGGGCAGCUCAUUAAGCUUGCUGUGGAUAAGAACUAUCACACCGUCUGUCCCACGGUGCUCUACAGGGCCAAUGAUGACUGCAGAGUGUUUCCCAAAAUACAACUGGAUCAAGUCGAUCGUAAACAUGUGUACGUGCCAUUUCAGAACAAGAUGGAGCGUGUCCCCGUGUCAACGUGCAGCACAUACAAAAAUGUGCAGGAGUGCUGGUCUGCACAGGAUCCAUACUGUGUCUGGUGUGACUCUAAGAGUUGCACAUUUGAAGAUGACUGCAAAGAUUCAGACUGGGUGUCCAUUCCUGAUGAUUACCAGCAGAAAAUGGUUUCCCACAAUGUUGCUAAGGACUCCACCGGCCAGAUCACACUUAACAUCCUGACACACCUGACUGCGGGCGAGAAGGCACGGUCCAACUUCGCCUGUCAGUUCCCUGUGAGUUCCAGAGAGCUUUGUAGGAAGAAUGAGUUUCCUCCACAGUUCCCACAAUGCAUCUGCAUCCUCUCUGAGAACAUACUUCCUGCCGAAGGCCUGGCAGUCGGUGUAAGAAUUAGACUUGGCACAUUGACCUUAUUGGAACCACUGACGCUAACCAACUGCUCUGAGAUCAGAGGACCGCCAACUUCUGUCUUGUGUCAGCAGUGUAUCAGGGCUGGAUGUGGCUGGAGCAAAAACCACUGUUCCUGGGCAAAUCAGGGAGUGAGGAAUGAAAGUGUUUGCCAAAUGAUGGGGUCAGGGAUGAACUUUUCUAGGCCAGAGAUCUCCUCCAUCACUCCCAGUGUCGUGUCUUUCUACGGCAGAAACCAUGCAGUGUUGAGCGGUCAUAACCUCAAUGAUGUGACCAGAGUGAGGAUCCAGACUGACGACUGCUCUCCACGAGAAUCUCCUGUGUGGAACAACACAGGUGUGAAUCUGACGUUCCACAUUCCCAGCACAGAAUCAAAAGGCAAGGUCAAAGUAUGUGCCCUCCUCCCAGAUGGUAGUUGCCAUGGCAACAUGAAAAUCACCUACAGUUCCUUACCUUUCUGCGCCAACAUCACACCCAGCAGCACCUGGGACAGUGGGAAGAGGAAAAUCACACUAAUGGGAUCCCACCUUGAGUUUGUGGAGAGGGUCACACACAGCCACGCCCCGCAGGAGGUCAGGCUUCCCAGAAACAGCAACUUUCAGAGUCUCACCUAUGAUGCACCUGCGGCUGGAAACCUUCGGGGGACUUUUACCAGCACUGUGUUUUUGAAAGUAGCCAAUGAAACCUUGUCCUGCUCCACUAAAAUAACCUACUAUCCAGACCCUGAAUUUACUGGUUUCACAUCCACAAGAAUGGGGGACAAUUUGCACAUCACCAUAGAGAAAAAGGCAGACAAACUGGAGAUGACAACAGCAGAUAUUUCAGUGUGGGGCAUUCAGGCAGAAAAGCAGUACCCCUGUAUCAUGGUGGUGAAAGAAACUGUAAACAAGACUGACUUUUUCACCUGUGAUAUUCAGCGCACAUCAGAUGCUGAAUUCCAGCACUUUAUGAUAAUGUAUGGUGACAAGACUGUAAGACUAGACCCUCCAUCUUUAUUGCAUUGUGUCCUUCUGAUACUGCGAAUCCUGCUGAUACCAUGUAUUAUUGUUGUGUCGGUGAUUAUCUGUCGAUGGCAAAAGAAACUCACCGCUGAGAUGAAAAAGCUGUGACCGAACCUGCUGAACUUUUAUGGUGGA